UUUUGAAGCAUCGGUCAGUUCUUCACAGUCACUUGGACGAGUCGGACGGAAUCUUGACAAAGCCUACCUUGAGCGGAAGAAAUUAAUUUAGUGCAAUCUACUAACAGUGCUUAGUAAAAAAAAAACACAGUAGGCCAAGAAAAGUUUUCCUAUUUUUCCGUUUCGUUUGUGAGUACGCGCGUGAAAGUGUGAGUGUGUGUGUGCGGUUACAGAAGACGCACUCCGGAAACGGAACAAGUGACCACACGAGGCAGGAAGGACCAACACACUGUGACGACGACGACAACCGCAUUGUGUGGUGCCCGUGCAGAGAACAAACCGUGGAAGCCGGCAUUUUUUCGCGAAAAAAGGUGUGUACGAACGGGACGACGACCGGCACUAGAACCAGGCGCCGGAAGAAGCGUGAUCGGUUAGUUUAGGAGGAGUGGUUCGGUUACUUUAGUUUAGGACGAUUUCAGCUAGUAUUAGUUCAAGUGCAUUCGCGUAAUUAGUGUUUCGAGGCACGAAUCUGCGUGAGAUUUCGGCAACCGGGCACGCACACACGCACACGGAGGCCGCAGCACAGCAAGGACAAUCAGGACAAAAGUGGAAUUAACCUCAAACAUCCUAGCGAAUAGAGCUUGAAUGCCGUGUGGCGACAAGGAUUCUUUUUUUCCACUUUUGACUCUCGAGUGGGGAACCAGAGAGUGUGGCAAAGGACGAAAGUGAAAAGCUCCUAGAGCAAAUUAAAAACAUUCUCGAGCGCUCGCGAAGAGAAAAAAAAAGACGUGCCGAAGCAAAGAAGACGGGUUCCGACGGGUGGAAAAUCUGCAGAACCACACGGGCCUCGAGGCCUUGAGCCCCCUCCGCUCUUCCGUUCCCACAACGACGACGACGCGGUCGCAAUUUUGCACCAAAAACUUUAAGGGCAACGUCGCCGCCGACGGAACAUUAAAGACACGUGUUGACGGUUCAGUGUGAGCGAGUUUAUGCACCGCGAGAGAGACAAAGAGAGGAAACACAAAACCAGUGAGUAAGUGAGUGAGAGAGGGAGGACUCCCUCCUAUUAUCAGCCAAAGGACGAGUUUGAUCUUGAAGCGAAAGGGAGGAAAAGUGUGAGCCACGUACAACAUAUACACACACACAUACGCAGCAGAACCCGGAGGAAAACUGACGUUGUACCGGGUUGGAGAGAUGCCCUCGCUGCAACAGACCAGCUUCAAGGAUUGGCCGAGUCCAGACAUUGCACGAUCCCUGACCGGGCCGGACAUUCUGCAGAAGCACUCGAUCAACUCACUGCUGCUGGAGCACAAUGAAAUCAUCAACCGGGUGCUGCCGUCGCCGAUCGAGGAAAAUGUGUCCUUUUCCGAGCUGCUGGGUUCGUCACAAUCGUCGCAGUCUACCUCCACAUCGUCCCUGCUAGGAAAUGGCGGUCACCAUUCACACCAUCACCAGCACAAGUACGGCAGCCCCGCCGGAACUGGUCCGGACAGCGGCAGUUCGAUGCUCAGUAGCACCGGCAGCGGCCCCAACUCGGCCUCGUCGCCGUCGGUGCUGAGCACGAGCACCAACCCGUUCUGCUUCUCCGGGCUGUCGAUGUCCAGCUCGAGCCUCAACUCGCCGGAACUGGUGGGUGCAGGAGGAGGUGGUGGCAGCGGUGGCCAUAGCGCAGGUGGUGGUGGCCAAUCGCCAACCUAUUACGGGAACGGAGCAGGACUGCACAAGAGCAGCUUCGAUGACUUUCGGUUCGACAGCGACCUCGGCGGUUUGUCCUCCAAUGGCAACAACACCAACAGCAAUGGCACAAGCAACCUCACGUCGGAGACGUUGAAGCUGCUGCAGCGCAAUAUGGCCACCAGUUACGACUGCUCGCCGCUACCGACCUCCCCAAGCUCUUCGUCUUCCACCACGGCGGCGGCACUUUGCGCGAGAUAUUUCCGUGGCAGCCAACAGCAGCCAACGAUCAGCGACCUGAAUCACAACGGCUACGAACCGACCAGCUCGUCCUCUCUCUUCAGCACCAGCAGCACCACCAAUCAGUCAUCGUCGCUGUCACGUUCCAAUUCACCGGCCGACAACGAUGCCAGCCUGCUGGCCAAUUUCGAUAGCACCAACAUUUUGGACAUGAUCAGUUAUCUCACCAUCAGCCAGCAGCAGCAGCAGCAGCAGCAACAAAAUGGUCACUACAACAGCUCGAAUGGAGGUGGCUCGAACGGCUCCUCCCAUUACGGCCAGACGCAACAGUCGCCGUCGACUUCGGGGUCGUCGAGUUUGAACUCGUUUUACCAACAGGGAGGAGGAGGAGGUGGAUCUUCCUACGGUGCCAACGGGAACUGCAGUGGCGGUGGCGUUGUUGGCCAGGGCAGCAGCAAUGGUGGUGGCGGCGGAGGCUGUGGCUUCUCCAGCAAUGACUACGAGCGGCUACAGAAUCUGCAAGCGCUCAACACUCUGCGGCUGCUGCAGCAAUCGCAGUACCAACUGCAGCAGCAGUAUCAACAGUUCAACCAGCUGAUGCCCAGCUACGGGGGUUCGCAGCUCAAGAGCUGGCCCUCGCAUAACUCACCCCCGUCGUCGUCGGGCAGCAGCAACGGAGGGGGCGGCGGCGGCAGCGGCAACGAUAUCAAUCUCGACCGGAUUGCACGAUUUCACCGUUCAUCAGCUGCUCAUUACGAUGCGACGUGCACGUGGAGCGGUGUCCUUCCGCCCCGGUCCCACCGGUUGGUGACCUACUCGUCGAAGAUCUUCCUCGGCGGCAUGCCCUGGGACAUAAGCGAGCAAUCGCUGGUGCAGAUCUUCAAGCCAUUCGGUUCCAUCAAGGUCGAAUGGCCAGGCAAGGAACAACAGGCGACACAGCCGAAAGGCUACGUGUACAUCAUCUUUGAAUCGGACAAACAGGUCAAGGCGCUGCUGCAGGCCUGCACUUAUUCGGACGCGAACGGCUACGGCGGUUCUAGCAGUAGGGGUGGCAACAACAACAACAACAACUCCGGAAUGAUGGCCAGCGGUAACGGCAGUUGCAACGAUGACAUGCAGUUGGUUCCGCUCUCGCCGGGCCAGCAGGCUCUGGUCAACAAGCAGCACCAGUCGGUGUCGAUGGCGGGAGCCCGGAUCAACUUCAAAAUCUCCUCGAAGCGCAUCAAGUCCAAGGACGUCGAGGUGAUUCCGUGGAACAUUGCCGACUCGAACUACGUCAAGUCGACCUCCCAGAAGCUGGACCCCACGAAGACCGUUUUCGUCGGAGCACUGCACGGUCAGCUGACGGCCGAGGGACUUGCCAAGAUCAUGAACGACCUGUUCGAUGGGGUUGUGUACGUUGGCAUCGACACGGACAAGUACAAGUACCCGCUGGGGUCGGCUCGGGUCACGUUCAACAAUUCGCGCUCGUACAUGAAGGCCGUGGUGGCCGCGUUUAUCGAGAUCAAGACGGCAAAGUUCACCAAGAAGCUGCAGGUAGAUCCGUACCUCGAGGACUCGCUGUGCUCGAUGUGCGGCGUACAACACGGACCAUACUUUUGCCGGGAGAUUGUGUGCUUUAGAUACUUCUGUCGCUCGUGCUGGCAGUUCCAGCACAACCGGGACGCUUCGCUCCAGAACCACAAGCCGUUGACGCGCAACUCCAAAUCGACGACCAUUGUCGGCGUGGGACCGCAGCAGCAACAGCCACAGCAACAGUCUCCACCGGCCAGCAUCGAUUCCAGCGGCCUUCACCGUCGGCAGCAGCAAAUGCUGUACCACCAUCACAUGUCCCAGUCGCAGCAGCAGCAACAACAAUCUCCGCCGACCUCCGACGUCCACCGUCGGCUGUACAACGUUGGCCACUUGCAGGACCUGUCCUCGUCCUCGUCGCUGUCGCUUCCCCAGUCGCCUUCGCCGUCGUGCACCACAAGUAGCUCCAGUGGUAGCUCGGCCGACUCCUCGCCGGUCAACUGUCACGGCCCGGCAAACCUGCACCAGCAGCUGCAACAACAGUUCGGCGGCGGCCUGUAAGAAGGUGUGUUGUUAUCCUUUUUCCUUAAUGUUACUGUUGAUUGUCGCCGGAAGGCGUUUUGUUCGUUAAAUCAUUCCCCGCUACCCCUGUCCAAAAUUCCCAAGUGCUGGAAACCUGCGCGGUUCGUGCUUCCUCCCACAAGCAGCACGUGCUUUGAACACCUAACCUCGAAAGUCGUGAGAGUCCGACGCGGUGGGUCUUGCGUUCGGCGCAAAAAAAAACACAACCCGUUAAUUUUUUCGCGGAAGCUUUUUGGGACAUUUCCGACGCUGAAAUGUCCUUCCAACAAAGAGAGUUCCACCGGGAAGGCAACGAUCGACACAUCCACAGAUCCGUGCGACGAUCCCCUCUGGAGCCACCAAAGCACCAGCUUGACGACAUUAGCACGUUUGACUACUGGCGCCAAGUUUCGGUGCUAACCUUGCUUAGAGAGUAGAAACCUCCGUAAAACAAAUUCUCCAAAGGGAAAUCGUUACGGAUCGUCAAGGGAAAGUGCCCCGCGACCAACGUGGUCGCCGGAGAACGCAACCACGCCAUCGGCUCUUACAAAAUCAAGGUUCAAAGCCACAUAAGGAGGAAGCACCAAUUUUUGAUUACUUUUAAGCGGAAUGCUGUUUUAAAGGAAACCUUCCCUGGUUUAGAGAAAGAAACUUAAAAAACACACACACAAGAGUAUCGAAAAGUCAGUAAACCCAACUUAAAAACGCGAAGACGAAAAAAAAACGGCCAAGCCAACACAGAUAGAAAGAGAGAAAACCAAAAGUGAGGAAAGGCUCCUUUUAUAUACGAUUUUAAAACGUGGAAUGCAAGGCUUGUAGGCGAAACAAUACCGUUUUUAGUUAGGAUGAAACAAAAUACUGUUCGCUUCGCAACGCGGGCGCGCAGCGCAACAGGAGAGAAAGAGACAAAAGGUCGCUCAAAAAUGAUUUUUAAAAAUGAAGUUAAAUUUUUGUAUGCUGCAGCAGCGUAAGCGAUUUCCGCACAUUUCUUUUGUUUUUGUUACUUUUUGCUCCUUUUUGGCGUUUAUUUAUUAUUUAUUUAUUAUACAUUUUUCUUUAUCGGCAGCGCGUUUAAGGAAGGCACUAUCUAACGAUAGGGAAGAUCGGUAGUCUCUUGAAGAGCCCCUUAGUUAUUAUCUUUUCUUCGUAAUAUGAUUUAUAGUUUUUGUACAGUUACCACCACCGCGGGGGUAACGAGAAAAAUAUUCGUUUUCGAUUGCAUUUAGUGAGCACUAUUACAUGUAUAGAAUGCAUUUAUAUCUAAACACAAAGGAUGACCCAUCGUUAAUCGUGGGCAAAAACACUAGUUUGGCUUGUUUUUUGUAUGUUAUUUAUUAUACUCAUUUAUCGCUUCGCUCUUUUUUUUGUAACAAGAUACACUUCCGGAACGGUGUACCACUUCCGGUAAUAAUUUAUUAAAAGUUAUAUUAUUCAACCAAAAAACUGUUUAUCUGCACAUUA